CGCCCAGCCCCGCUGCGCCCUUGCCCGAGCCCGUGCGCCCAGCCCCGCGCGCCCUUGCCCGAGCCCGUGCGCCCAGCCCCGCUGCGCCCGCGGCCGGCAGCGCUCCCGAGCAUGGAAGAUUCCCGGGAGACGUCGCCGUCCUCCAACAACUCCUCGCAAGAGCUCAGCUCUGCCCUGCAGCUGUCCAAGGGCAUGUCGAUCUUCCUCGACAUACUGAGAAGAGCAGACAAAAAUGAUGAUGGAAAAUUAUCCUUUGAAGAAUUCAAAGCGUAUUUUGCAGAUGGUGUUCUCAGUGGAGAAGAAUUACACGAGCUCUUCCAUACCAUCGAUACACAUAACACUAACAAUCUUGACACAGAAGAACUAUGUGAAUAUUUUUCUCAGCACUUGGGCGAGUAUGAGAAUGUCCUAGCAGCACUUGAAGACCUAAAUCUUUCCAUCCUGAAGGCAAUGGGCAAAACAAAGAAAGACUACCAAGAAGCCUCCAAUCUGGAACAAUUUGUAACUCGAUUUUUAUUGAAGGAGACCUUGAACCAGCUGCAGUCUCUCCAGAAUUCUCUGGAAUGUGCCAUGGAAACUACUGAGGAGCAAACCCGUCAAGAAAGGCAAGGGCCGACCAAGCCAGAAGUGCUGUCGAUUCAAUGGCCUGGAAAACGAUCAAGCCGCAGAGUCCAGAGACACAACAGCUUUUCUCCUAACAGCCCUCAGUUUAAUGUCAGCGGCCCAGGCUUAUUAGAAGAAGACAACCAGUGGAUGACCCAGAUAAAUAGACUCCAGAAGUUAAUUGAUAGACUGGAAAAGAAGGAUCUGAAACUUGAACCAUUGGAAGAAGAAGUUAUUGAAGGGAAUACUAAAUCUCACAUCAUGCUUGUGCAGCGCCAGAUGUCCGUGAUAGAAGAGGAUCUGGAAGAAUUCCAACUUGCUCUGAAGCACUACGUGGAAAGCGCUUCCUCCCAAAGUGGAUGCUUGCGUAUUUCUAUACAGAAGCUUUCAAAUGAAUCUCGCUACAUGAUUUAUGAGUUCUGGGAGAAUAGUAGUGUGUGGAAUAGCCACCUUCAGACAAAUUAUAGCAAGACAUUCCAAAGAAGUAACGUGGAUUUCUUGGAAACUCCAGAACUCACAUCUACCAUGCUAGUUCCUGCUUCAUGGUGGAUCCUGAACAACAACUAGAUGUUACUAGACAUUUUCUUUAUGGUUCCAAGUGUAAAAUAAGUGUUGUUACCUAAAAUGUCAAUAGAAAAUUCUCUGUCGUUGUUAAUUUACUGUAUACUUUUAUUUAAUAUGUUUGCUCUAAGUGAACUCUUUUAAAAUGUAUUCUAUAACUUUAUCAUUCAUGUGAAUUUUAGCUAAAUUUUAAAAGUUCAGUAUUCUCAAUAUUUGAUGCUAAAUGCUUUGCUACAUUGUAAUCAACUUAAACCAUUUAGUGACAAAAUCCUAAUAUGUGGGAAAACAUAUGCAUAAAGGAAUGAUAUUGUGAAAAAGCAUAUCAAGUCUUUGGGAACUUUUAGAACAUUACUUCAUAAGUCAGAUUUUGUAGACUGUUAUAUACUAUAAAAGGGUUAAAUCAGCAUUUUGUGAUUAAGUAACAGAUUUCCUGUGAGUGAAGCUUAUUCUUCAGUAAUGUCUACUCCAUCCCCAACUCAUGGUCCUGUGACUAGUUUCUUUACAUUACCUAAAAAGUUAGUACAUAGGCAUAAAACAACCUUGGCUAUAACCUGUAGUAUCUCUAUCCAUCUGUCAGAUUAUAAACUGGUUUAUUAAAAAUGAAUAAAAGAGUACCAUUUAAUAUCAUUUACUAUAUUAUGGUGGUAUGUCACCACUGUAUCAUAUAUUAGCUUCUUAAUUCUGUGCAAGUUAAACAUAUCAAGAAAAAAAAGUUUUAUUUUGGGGAAGUAUUGUUCAAAUUUUAUGGCAUAUAAUUUUGGUAUGUUAUCCAAAGAGCUAAUUUUUCUUAUAAAAAUAGAUAUUUGGAUUUAAAUAAAGAUUUCAAAAUACUUUAAAAAUAAAAUUUUAACCCAAAUGAAUAAAGAGGAAAUAUAAAACAAAAGCUUUAGGAAAUUCACAUAGUAGGGAAAGUACUGGACAGAAGACAUCUGUUUUCCAGUUUCAACACUAGAAUGACUAAAACUAUGUACCUUAUAUGUUCUGCUCUACAAGCUCAGAAAUUAAAUAUUUUAAAAAUAAAAAUAUGAUUAUAAACCCUGCUAAUGAAAUAUAAUACAUAUAAAAUUAUGUUAUCAUGUUAUUCUCCAGUCCAAGUUUUUUUGAAACCACAAGUGUUCAGGGGAAAAACUAAAUGCUAAAAUUUUCCUGAUUUUUCACUGUUAGAAAACUCACGAAAAAAGGAAUGUUGAAGUAAAAUUUUCUUUCUCAAAUAUAAAAUUUGACCUAAAAUGUUCUCUUAAUCUAAUUUACGAAAUAUCAACUCUGACCAAUACCUUUGUAUACUCAGUGCUCAUUCAAUCUAAAUAAGUACAUUUUCAUAGUUUCUAUUAGAAAUUAGUAAAUUGUGACAUAUUGUACAUAUGCACAUGUGUGUGCAUAUAUAUGUGUCUCUGGUCAACUCUGAGGAUGACAAGCACUAUGAAACAACACCUGGCUCAACUCUUUUAAUUUAUAUACAAAGCAAAGAACAACAUUAAUGGAGAUGUACAAUGAUUAUUCAAACAAGCUAUACACAUGUAAAAAGGCAAAUAGAUAACAAAACCAUCUUUGCGGUCUUACUCUGAUUGUAGAUAAUAAGGAAGGAUCAAAAGACUUUGAAACCUAUGUGUCUUUUGAUAUACAAACUCUUCUUUAAAACAGUGGUUAUAAAUGGCUUCAAAAACACAAAUUAUAGCCAAUCAAAGCAUUACUUUGGUUGGUCCAUUUCAGUAUCCAAUUCAAAAAGCAUGUCAAAGUUUUUGAGUAGCAGGCAGUUUCCAAAGUAGCGUGGUUUUUAUGACUUUAAAGGGUUCCAUCCUCAGUGCUAAAUGAAAGGGCUCUUUAGAUUCCAAACUGGAAUAAGUUCUAUCUUAUUUCUUAAAUUGGAAUCAAAAAGACUUAAGAACAGGCAAACAAUAAAGUAAACCAAUGUAAUUAGAUGGUAAUUCUGAUCCCAGCUCUUCUAUAAAUUAUAUAUUUUUGUGUAUGUUUGUGAGAGCUGUGUGAAUAUUCACAUACAUAUAUAUAUUACUGGAACUUAGAGUAGAAAAGGAAAAUAAUAGGGUAAAAAACAAAUGAAAACACCUGUCCCUAAAUGUAUAUGUCUCAUUUUAAAGUAAUACAUUUAUGGUUAAUGUAGUGGUUUUUUUCCUAUUCAAAAAACAACCCAUUUUUCUGGGGAACAAAGUAAUAAAAAAGAGGGUACUGGAAGACCAGGAUAGGAGGAAAUGUACCUAGGACUAAAAGCUUGAAUCUGGGUAACAAACCCAAAAACUAAUGAAGAAAAAGGCAGGGGUUUUAGGAGUUCACAAUUCAGUGAAAUAAAACUUUCUGCCAAAUGAUGGCCUUGAAAUGCCUUGCCAAGAGACCUAGGGAUCUGAGAGAAGAAGGCAGAAUUUACACUUACCUUUGUAUCAGCAAUUUUUUUGGACACUAUGCUGGAAGAAACCUUUUUUUUUUU